CUGUAACUUGCGUCUGUAAUGUAGUCAUUUUAAUUCAUUGUUCAUUAACGAUUCGAGCUGCUGCUGUCGUAUACUGUCUGCACUAGUCGGGGUGUCGGUGUGGAUCUAUCGCUGCCAUUUCAUCCACCAGGCGCAGGGUAUGUAGGGCCCAUGGAAUGAGCGCACGCAACUUACAGGUUUCACUCGAGCAAGGGAAGUUUCUUCCCACCCCCUCGUCGUAUAGAAGGAAAGGGGGCGGUGGGGAGGCUUUUAUUGAACGCGCAAAGCACAAGGGCGCACCAUAGUCGGCGGCGUGCGUCAGCGGCUGCCCGCCUGCCUGGAAGAGCUUGAACACCAGCCCGGGGGAGCUCCGCACAGCGGCGAGCACCGAGUGGACUCCGUCCAGGAAAACUGAAAGAAAGCCGGGACUGCAAGGGAGAAAUCUCCUGCACAUUAAAUCUUUACAAGCGCGGUCGCAAUCCAAGGCAGACGUCAUUAUUUCUGGCGACGAAGGGCUGUGAGAACAUUUGAUUGAAUGCGGGGACUCGGCUUCUUUUUUUAAUGUAUACAAAACCUCGUUUGCAACAAACACAAACAACUUUGGACUGUGUGGGUGCUUCGUGUUCACUGUUAUUUCAGGGCUGGUUGCUGCUGGCUCACUUUCAUUUGUCAGAGUCUGUUGCAGGCUAAUUGUCGUGCUGCUAUCUUUAAUGUGCGGCGCGAUAUCUCUGCAAAUGAGUAAUUUAUAAAAAUCGGACGAGCUCGUUUGUCCGGGGCGUGUUGGGUGGCAGGAUAAAUUUGCUAAAGGAAAUUAAAGAUUAAGAAAACAAAGUGGGGGCAAUUAGGAAGUGCUUUUGAUACGAACAAUUAAGCUGGUGCUUUGUCCGUUUUCAGAACCGCUCUGGCAGGGAAAUUGCGAAUAAAAAUCUGGCACUCCUGCGGGGUUUUGAAGCAGAUCUCCUGGAACGCCUUGGCAAGAGCGUAGCUCUUAAUUGGGCUGCUUUUUGAACCGUGAACUCGGCAGGGGGAAAAAAAAUCAGGUUGGGGAACUCUGCCUCUAUGUGCGAUAGUGAGAGAAGAGGGUAAAGCAAUUCAGAAAUGCCCUUACCAGGACCAACCAAGGAGCAGAGAGCGUUGGCAUUUUGACACAGGACAUAACCCGAAUGAAUUGUGACCUUCAUCUCCGCGAUUCGCAAGAUCUGAGAGAGUGACUACAAGAAUGCUUAUCGUUAGCGGAGAGUUUUAAUAUACCCCCACGAAGUGCAUUCCCCGUGAAUCCCGCAAAUCCCACUUUAGACUGUUGAGACUGUUAAAUAUAUAAAAAAAAACAAGGUACGAUUUUAGAUUACCAGAGGGGACACGGGUCGUUCUAGUACAGGUACUGGACAAUUCGGUGACAGCGGAAUUGACAUGAUGGGAUCUUUGUGGAAAUGCCGGACAUGGUUGCCCUGGAAAUUGAACGUCGUACCAGUUAUUUUGGUUUUCGUCUGCACUGUUGGAGCACGGGCGGCUGAAGAAGAUGCCACUUUCAAUGCAGAGUCCUGGCUGCGGAUGUAUGGAUAUCUUCCCCAGGCCAGCAGAGAGAUGUCCACAAUGAGGUCAGCGCAGAUCUUCUCCAACGCGGUUGCUGACAUGCAGCGAUUCUACGGCCUGACUGUCAGUGGAGUGCUGGACCAGGAAACACAAAAUGCUAUGAAGAGGCCUCGAUGUGGCGUCCCUGAUAAAUUCGGAGGGCUAAUCAAAACGAACGUCCGCAGGAAACGCUAUGCCCUGACUGGCCACAAGUGGAGCAAGAGCCAUCUAACCUACAGCAUCCAGAACUACACGCCGAAGAUUGGCGAGUUUGAAUCAUAUCAGGCCAUCAGGAAAGCCUUCCAGGUGUGGGAGAGCGUGACGCCCCUGCGCUUCGAGGAGAUACCGUACCACGAGGUCAAGUACGGCCGCCGCAAGGAGGCCGACAUCAUGAUCUUCUUCGCCUCGGGUUUCCACGGCGACAGCUCCCCCUUUGACGGCGAGGGGGGGUUCCUCGCCCACGCCUACUUCCCCGGGCCCGGCAUGGGCGGGGACACGCACUUCGACUCGGACGAGCCCUGGACCAUCGGGAACGCCAACCUGAACGGCAACGAUCUGUUCUUGGUGGCUGUCCAUGAGCUUGGCCACGCGUUGGGGCUGGAGCACUCCAACAACCCCCUGGCCAUCAUGGCCCCCUUCUACCAGUGGAUGGACACUGAGAACUUCCAGCUGCCCGAGGAUGAUCUCCGAGGAGUCCAGCAGAUAUAUGGUCCCCCAGAUGCCAGCCCAACACCCACGAAACCACUGCCCCCUGUCGAACCUCGACAGCCUGCUCAUCCGGACCCCAAACCUCCCAACCCCCCCAAAACCCCGCCAGGGGGCAAACCCCACAAUCCAGAUCCUGGCAAGCCACGGACCACCGACCGCCCCGACCACUACGGCCCCAACAUCUGCGACGGGAAUUUCGACACCGUCACGGUCCUGCGAGGAGAGAUGUUCGUGUUCAAGGGGCGCUGGUUUUGGAGGGUUCGUCGUAACCGGGUGCUGGACAACUACCCCAUGCCCAUUGGGCACUUCUGGAGGGGACUUCCUGGAGACAUUGACGCGGCCUAUGAAAGGCAUGAUGGGAAAUUUGUCUUUUUCAAAGGAAGCAAGUUCUGGCUGUUCCGGGAAGCCAAUCUGGAGCCAGGUUAUCCCCAGGAGCUGACCGAAUAUGGACAGGGCAUCCCUUAUGACAAAAUAGAGACAGCCAUUUGGUGGGAACCGACAGGAUACACUUACUUCUUCAAAGGAGACAGGUACUGGCGCUUUAACGAACAGUCUCGAGCCGUGGACAAAGACUACCCCAAACCGAUCAGUGUGUGGGGCGGGAUCCCUCCCUCUCCCAGGGGGUCUUUUCUGAGUGAUGAUGGAGCUUAUACCUUUUUCUACAAAGGAUCUAAGUACUGGAAGUUUGACAAUCAGAGAAUGAAGAUUGAGCCUGGCUAUCCUAAAUCCAUCCUGCGGGACUUCAUGGGCUGUCAGGUGGACCUGGACCUCGAUAAAGACACCGAUACGGACGUGGGGCGCAAGUGGCCCGACGUGAACCAGCCCCCAUUCGACCCCGACGCAGGGCGGGAUCGCACCAAUGACGUAGAUUACAAGGACGAGGGGGAGGGUAACGGCGACGUGGAUGUGGUGGUGAAAAUCGACGAGUACACGCGCACGAUGAACAUCAUCAUGGUAACCGUCCCCCUGAUCCUGGUGCUGUGCAUUCUGGGACUCAUUUUCGCCAUCAUCAAGAUGCAGAGGAAAGGAGCGCCCAAGCUGCUGGUCCACUGCAAGCGCUCCCUGCAGGACUGGGUUUGACCUUUCACCUUCAACCCCGCCCUCCUCCCACACAUCUCCUAACAAACCCCUUCCCAUGGUGCUACCCAAUCUGUUGACUGUAGUCUAUUUAUAUCAGAAAGUUUGCACAUUGAUUUUUUUUUUUGAACAAGGAAAUUCUUGGACUUCUGUCAUUCUCUUUCAGUUUCCUCCAGCAUUCUCUUUGAUUCGGGUUUGCCAUCUGGUCUUUCAUUCAGCUGGUUGAAAUGAAAAAAAGACUGGAGUAGACAAUGAAGGGAUUAAGCCCAUCCUCUGAAUUGUGAUUGCUACAAAAUCUUGUGAGCUCUGCAGUGGAAAGCAGCAGCUAUACUUAAUAGGUUCGGCAUAAACAGUAUAAAAUCUACAGACAGGACAGUUCAUGCUAAAUUAAUUCACCAAAUGCCUUUUACAACACAUGAAGGUUGCACAUUGUCUGGUACUGCAGAUUUUGGGAGUGAUAUUCCUCCUGCCUUCAAACUGUUAGCUUCUCUUCACAUGUGACUGUACUGACCAGAAGAAAAGACUUUUCAGUGUGAAAUUGCGUGGUUAUAGGACUGCUCAGGAAAAGAGUCUUUGUGAAAUGCCCUUUCGGCCCAGGUUGAAAAUGAAUGGGGUUGAGGUUGAUUCAUCACAAAAGCCCUGACAGGAUCCAAAAUUGGAAAACAAAAUCAAAGCCUCUUUAGUUUUUAAACUUUGGUCACACAAAUUACCUCAGAAAAGAUUUUUUCUCAGCCCCAGUUCCAGAGCUAAGUCUCUUUCCAUGAGAAAUGACAGGUAAACACAGCAGGUCUGUACAAAAUGGCACCUCCCCGAAGAUGAAACCGCACCUGAUAAGUGUUCAGGAAGGUGUGAAGGUUUACAGUCUGCGGUUACGGACUAGUGCUGGGCUGCAGGAUCCAGGGGCGUGUGAUUUGUGUGCAAACUAGAGGUGUGGAGAUGGGAGUUGUGUCAGCACGUGUGGGCUGCAAAGGAACAGGAAAGGGUUAAUUCCAUGUUGGAAAUAGAAGGAACAAUUGUUUUACCCCUCACAGCUGAAGAAGGCUGAAAAACCAAAACACUGUGUUUCUUCUUACUAAUUGUCAGAAAUCAGCAAAGGUGAUUUACUUGUUCUUUUGUAUGCAGACUAGGCUGCUUCAGACUGGCAGUGGGUCUUAUUGCUUAAACUGCAUAUGCCGAGAAGACCUGCUGGAGACCAGGGGAAGCUGAGAAGCCUUAACUCGGGUUUCUACAUAUCAAGAUAAUUUUGCUAAGUCUGAAUUUGCAUAAAAUUCAAAGAACAUACAGUAAAAUCUAGGUUCUUAGAGGUGGGGUAGGAUCUGACAAAAUGUGGGUUUUUCUCCACAAACAUGCUAUUCCAUUGUGUCUUGCUGUUCCCAUCAGGCAUCCUUAGUAUCCAUCCGUUCACGAGGAAUAACAACACCACCCAGGACUGAAGUGCACUGAAAAAUAUUUAUCGAGUGUUUCAGUCCUAGUAAAUUUGAUUUAACCUGCGCGGCUGAGGAGCAGCUCCUGGCCACAGGCCAUGGCUAGUGACCAAGGGGCAGCUGCACAGGUGGAGAUGGGGGUGGGGGUGGAGAGAGAUGCAAAAGAGAGAAGGAGAUUAUGUGCAGUAGUUAUAAUCUCUUUUUAAAGUGAGGAAAUGACAUCAGGAAUGAUUACAAUUUAGGACAGCUGGGGCCAGCUGACCUUGCCAUUUUCCCUCCUGAACUGUCGCUGUGAACUCUGUGUGAAGUGCAUUUAAUCUAAACCGAUUCCACAAACUCACUUCUACUGUACACUUGUAUUUAUGUCACCUCUACACUCUCGCCUGCCUGAAGGAACAGAUUCACACAUUUUAAUUGGCCUAUUUUAUAAAAGCAAGCAUAUACAGUAUUGCUUAAUUCAUGACACAUUUCAUGGAGAUAUGGGAAUAUUGCUUUAUUGUUUUUUUGUAGACGUUUCAUCAAGAUUAGAAAAAGCAUUGUAUGAGCUGUGAUCAAGUUCAAUGAUAAGAAAUGUCACAGUACAUUAAUGUACUGAGCAGUGGAAGUUUACAUGUAGACUUCAGUCUGUUAUGUAGACUGUGAUGCAUCAGGAGUCUGUAUGGUGAAGAGAAAAGCACCUGAUGUCUUUCUGACGGUUUGAAACACAACAGAAUACCCAAAGGUCUAUACUAUGUAGGUGUUUUAAUAACUCCUUUAUAUUUAUUGCCAGAUUUAUUUGACUUUUAAGGUGAAUUAUAAAGGUUUCAAUAUAAAGCAAGAAAGACUUGAUAAAUACUGACCUAAAAGAAGAAAAUUGGAGGCCUGUACUUCGCUUUACCAGUGAUGGAUUUUGUUCGAUCCUGUUGCCAGGCAACAUCCUAUCCUAUAUUCCUUCUGUCACUCCCAGAGAGGUUUGGAGCAGAGCUAAUUACAGAUAAAAGCUCCUCUGUUGUCUGGCCACUGAUCGUAAUGACCGGAGCACUUAAGGAUAGGACUGAAGGAUAUUUGUAAGGAGUUUUGUUUUUUUUCUCCUUUAAAUUAUAGAAGAUCCCGCCAUCGUGUUGCAUGACAGAGAGUGAAAUCAUUCUGUAUCUGUCUCUAAGGGUAGCUCUACCGGUAAAUGGGACCAGGUAGAUCUCACGACAGAAAUAUAAAGCAUACUUAAAACUAAGCUUAAAUGAUUGUCGUUCUUGGAGUGCCUCAAAACAUUCACAUUGGAAAACUGCAAUAAAAGUGAAAAUCAUGUUUGUAAUGAACUCCAGACCUGUAACACUGUAGGUGAGUUUGUGUGUUUGAGACUGUGCAUUCCAGGGCAUGGUUUGGGCCUGUAGUUAAAAGUACAGGUGUCCCUCAGUGAGCCGUCACCUCCAAGUCAAUUCUGUAGUCACGGUGAAGCCUCAGACAGGAUAAGAAGAAGCAGGGUGCUCCACCAGCCUCCCCCAGGGGAAAGAUUUAUCAUAUUUAGGAUUUCCACCCACAAAAUACUACAUUUUCUGCUCUCCAGUACUUUGUAUUCUGUACUGAAUAGGGAAAGCGAUGAGCCAGUCCACAAGAAAGAGUGUGAUGUUUGAGCCUUGAGAAUAAGCAUUGCGGUUUUUAAGUGCCAUCCUUCAGUCUUACAGUCUACUCAGACAGGGUGGUUUGUGUCCUCCCGUGUGGCUUUGUUUUUAUCGGAGAUUUUAAAAGGCAAGGUUGAUACUCUACAUUUUAGCUGUAGCUUUUUUUAGGGAGUCUUAAGAGCGCCAAGCUGGCCUGUCAAACCCCGCAGUUUCCAUGUGUCAUAUUGCAAAUUGGCCUUUGCUUUGCAUGCCAGCAGUGGAAUCUGGUUUUAUUUUGAUAGUCGGCACACUCUCUAAAUGUUUACAUAAACACCAACUGUAGUCCAGUUUGGCCCUUAGCACUUAUCCCUUCUGCCCCUUGAGUGUAACGUGCGAUUUGGGAGAUUUAAAAGGACUAAUUCACAGUGAAGUGUUUGCAGCAGAACGUUCCUCUCUCAUCUUCUUAGCUCUAUUCUGAGAGGCAGUCAUUGAUAAAAGUCUCUCAGUUUGCCUCCAAAACAACACUUCCUGUCCAGGACUUCCUGUGCACAGAAAAAUGAGUGAGCCAAGUCCCUAAGUACAUAACAAAGGUUAUGAACGAGAGGAGAAUUCGGCCCAACUGGUUUGUCCUGUGCUCUGUAUUAAUAAUCGGUUGGUACACUUAAAUUCAUGCUGGUAUUCUUAUCUUUGUUGGAUUUCCUAUUGACUUAUUAUAGUUUACUUGCUGUUCUCUGCUCUGCUGAAAUUUAACCCCACGCAGGAUGAGAAGAGGUCACUACCCUUGUGGGGACAUUUUCUCAGAUUUUGACCCCGCAUCCAUAACACAUAGCCCUAAUUUUCCUCACACACAGAUAAUCUAGGCUAGAGGCAGAAAACAUUUCCAUUACUUUCCAUUACAUUGCAAGACUUAAACUCAAAGAGCAAUGUAUUUCCUGAGAGGCGGUCUUUCAGAACAUCAAAUGGUUUGUUGGUAGAUAAUGGAAUCAAGGAUCUAACUCAGCCCUUUCUUGAAAGAAGCCAAGGUAUUGGCUUCAACAACAUGGCUGGGGAGCUUUUUCUGUACACCCAUAACCUUCUGGGUAAUGAAGUGCCUCCUGUUCUCAGUAUUAAGUGCACUUCUGAUUCUGCAGUAGUUCCCACUGUAUUCUCGCAGAAACAGAAGUAAGGAUCAAGGCCUGCCCAGCAGUUUACUGAAGAAGUCAACAACCACCUGAAGCUCGUUUUAAAGCUGAAAGGUGUUUUUUCAGUGUGAAAUAUGGAGCCAAUAGAAGAUGCAGUUAAUAUUUGUGUUGUCUUAACUUUGCCAGUGUCCUUACUCAAAAAGGGUGUCUUGAAGCAACUAUUGCCUUAUUAUUUGAGCCUGAACCAAAUACUAUCAAAUGCAGAUGACAGCAGAGUUCAAGAAAUUUCUUUCAAUCCAGGAAAUGAAUUGAUGCUUCCUGGAUUGUACGAUAUUACUUAAGACCACACACUGUUCUUUAACAAUGAAGGAACAAUGAUGACAGAUUAAUUUUGUGGUCAUUUUGUUUGUCAUUUUCAUGAUGUUUUUUUUACAUUGGAUUGGAUGUUUGACUUUGUUUCAUUUUUAAAAUGUAAAUAUGGUCUUUGUUUAAGAAACAAUUGUUGUUAGGUAUGCUUUUUUAUUUUUAAUUUUCUUUGUGAAUAACAUUCCGUUUAUGCAUUAGUUUCAGACACAGAAGAUUUUAUACAUUUGUUUUAUGUGUUCACUUCCUGUUGAGUGUUUAAUGAUCCAUGCUGGACAUGUGUAGCAAUUACACAAUAAAAUGCUAUAAAACAUAAAA